AUGGAGACUGAAGGCAGUGACAGUUCUGAAAAGGAGAAGAGCGGCGAGGAUUCAAGUACUCUCGAAAAGGAAGCUGAAGUCCCGGCUUCUCCGGUACCUGGUACUGGAAGCUCCAGCCAUGAUAGCUCUGGAGUAGCUAGUGAUGCGGAUUCAGAUAGUUCUAGUGCUGUUGAUAACUUUUUUGCCGAGGUGAGUGGCGAACGACAGGAAACAUCCCUAGAUGGAGUGUCUGAAAGCUCUGUUCAAGCGACCUCCACGGUAGCGAACAUUCCCUCACGUACGCAAGAUCUUGAGAAGAGUAUUGAGAUUGAGGUGCCAGAAGUGUUGAAUGGAACGGCGGAAGAAGGUUCCAAAGGCAAUUCCGAAAAGGCGAUCUCUAAACCCAAUCGUAAAAUAUCACCAAUGCAUCAUGAAUAUCAUGAGGAAUCAUCCAAGAUUUCUUCUAGCUCGACGCCAAGCGGAGAAAGCACUCCUAUAGUGAGUUCGGAUUCUUCCGAUGAAGAGGUGUUUACUUCAGAAACUCCACAGAUCCUCCCAGAGGCUUCCGAUGGUCAUGUGGCUACUGAAGCAAGCGAGGUUGGUGCUAAUUCUCAAGAAAGCACGGGUGACAAAAGUUCUGCCAAUCAUUCUAAUGGGUCGAUUGAUGAGUCUCCUUUAAACGUUCUUGCAAGCCCUACAAUUGUCCAUGAAGGUUCCGCUAAUAUAUUACAGAGCCCCAAUUCCUCCACUCCUUCUUAUAACCCUCCACUGGCUCUUCCUGAUACUCCCAAGAGUACUGAAAGUACUGAAGACCCAGAUUUCGCUGAAACACUUGUUCCUUCUAGAAAUCGGGAGUCUUCUGGUGCAACGGGACAUGCACAGGCUUCCGACCACAAUACAGAUUAUAGCCCUACUUCUUCGCCAAAAAUAACUGCUAAAACUUCUGGGAGCUCUGAUGAUUCAGAUAACGAUACUUCAUUUGAGGAAGAGUACGAUGAGUAUAUUGCCCUUAAGAAAGAGCUUGUUGAGUUAAAGAAGCAGCUUCUCGAUAAAAUAUCACAGCUAGAAGAUGAAAAGAAAUCAGAAGACUUCAAUAUGGACAAGUAUUUAGAACACUGCCAGCUACUCAAUGACUAUACAAAUUUACCGUCGUUUGAUUUCGAGAAGAGACUCAAAUUGAUCAAAAUGUUUUAUCCUAAUAUGAACAUUGUUGAUGUUUCACGACAUAAAGAUGUUGAAACCUCUAAUCAGUCGUUGUCAUUCACUAUAUCCUUUAUCAGACUAGCCAGUUUCCGUGUUCAAAUUGUUUUCGAUAAAUCAGAUGAAAAAGUGAUGAAUCUCAGUUUGUCCAAAACUGGAUCCUUGAAUAUCACUACGGAAUAUGACCAGAUAGAGAAAUUGAUUAAGUACUGUGAAGCGCAGAAGGAUGUAUCUCUGUUCAUCUAUGCUCUCAACUCUUAUAUUCACCUUUUCAAGUGCAGAUCGCAACUAUGGAUGGACUUGUUUGCGAAAUACUUUGAAGAAUCCGUAUCCAUAAAUGGAUACACCAAAGUUGAGGCAGAGGGUAAAAAUACACGUUUGUUAGCGUACGCUUUGCUUAGAUCUUCUUCCUCGUUCGAGUUGACUAAGGAGAAGAAGGAAAUUGUGUUCCACUGGGACUUCUUCUUUCCUAUGGGCGAAAACUAUAAUGAAACCAUUGUAGGAGACUGCCAAUCGGAGAUGAAAUGCUUUGUAUUCGUAGAGAGUGAAAAUGGGAAAGACGAUGCCGUACUCGACUUGACAGAAACUUUGAAAGGAUUGGUCAAGUCAGAUGGUACGUAUAAAGGAUUUUCCAGGCUAAUUGAAAGUAUGCUAGUGUGA